AUGGCUGACGGCUCGGCACGAGAAGAAACCGAAGCUACAGCGAAGAAGCUCGUCGCAAGCUUCUCGAGGAUUACGAAGGCAAUUGACAUUAAGCUAAAGGCAGGUGACUCUGGGUUCGAACAGUUGCAGAAAGAACUUUGUGAUUGCUGGGAGCAAUUGCUUGACGUACGUCGAAGAUGUGAGGCGUCAAUAAAUGAAAAUAAGCUCACGGAAAUGAAAGAACGGUACAGCUUCUUGUUAUCGCGAAUGAGUUACUCAUCUGAAAAUAACACAAACCGCGGAAGUUCCGUUUCUUCACACAACUCCGCAGCGUCACGCAAGAGGAAAGCGGAACUGCGUCUGCGCCAGAUACAAGAAAAACAAGAACUAGAACGCAAGAGUGAGGAGCUUCGGCGGGAGCUCGAACUACAGACUGCCCGGCAUGAAGUAGAGCGGCCGGACAUAGAGGAUGAGGAGUCGGAUAACGACGAAGGCAUGGACUACCUAUCCUUACCGGACGGCUCAUCACCGGACAACAAAGUGGGUGAUUAUGUGAAUAAGUGUAGUAAGGACGUACCUUUCCAAGGAAAUAGUGACAAACUUUGUGACAACGUGCCACCAGUUCAAUUCGGUGUUCAGGACUUUCAUGGUUUACCAAAACCGGAAUUAAUUAAGUUCAAUGGGAAUCCUGCUGAUUACUGUAAGUUUCUUAGUAACUUUGAAACAAAUAUUGAGACAAGGGUAAGUGAUAGUAGGUUAAGGUUAAAUUAUCUUAUUCAGUUAUGUCAGGGAGAUGCCAGAUAUUGUAUAGAAGAUUGUGUAAUUUUGCCUCCGGACGAAGGCUAUUUAAGGGCUAAAGAAAUAUUGAAAUCCAGAUACGGCAAACCCCAUUUAGUGGCCAGGUCACAUGUAGAUAGUUUGAUAAAUGGCAGUGUCAUUAAGAGCAACGAUGUUAAGGGAUUGUUGAAUCUGUCGCUUAAUACGGAAAAAUGCCACAUCACUCUCUCACAGCUAGGCUUCAGGUCAGAUGUGAAUAAUACUGAAAACCUAAGAAAAAUUGUUGGGAGACUACCGGUCCACAUUCGGUCUAAGUGGGUUGAACGUGCAAGUAGCCUAAUAGAACAGGGAGUCGAACCAAAUUUCGAUCACCUGUUAACCUUUGUAAAGGAACGUUCUAGUGUUGCAAAUACUAUGUAUGGUUAUGACCUUGCAAAUGAGUCUAAUAAGCACAUAAAAAUCUUGCCCCGAAAGUCCCAUGAUAACCCUUCACAAAGAAAUAAAGUUGUAACACUGUCCACUGGAUCUGAUAAGAGAAAUUCAGGUAAAUCUCUCCCAGAAAAUACCCCUAGGGCACGAUUAUCAUGUAUUUAUUGCAAGAAGGCCCAUAAAUUAAGGGAAUGCCAAGAGUUUAGACUAAUUGAUAUUGAUUCAAAGCUGAGAGUUAUCAGAGAGCAUGAAAUGUGUGAAAAUUGCAUGAAUUUUAAGCAUACUGCACAAAAUUGUAGAAAAAUUAGUUUAUGCGAGGUUUCAGGUUGUACCGGGAAACAUAAUACAAUGUUUCACCGAGACUCUGGUCAUAACCGUGAGUAUGAAAAUGGGCAGGAUAAGUAUGUCGCUGCUUCCGAAUCUCGGUCUCAACCGAAUCAGGUCAGUUUGCGCAUUGUUCCAGUAGUAGUAGGAACGGAAUCUUCACAAGUAGAGACGUAUGCUCUCCUAGACGAAGGGAGUGAUGUAACGUUGUGCAAUGAUAGUCUUAUCAAAAGGCUAGGGGUUGAAGGUAAACCUUGUAAGUUCACGUUAACUACAGUUAACAAGUCUAGUCAGAAUCAGACUGGCAGAGAAGUGCAGUUACAGGUAAGUGCAUUGAAUGGAGGUCAAGUUAUUGACCUUAGAAGGGUAUGGUCUGUCAAAACCUUGCCUAUCUCAUUGCAGUCGUUACCGGACCAGUCUGUAGCAGGUAAGUGGAAACACUUAAGUGGCAUUUAUUUACCGAAAAUUGAUGUCGGUAAAGUAGAGUUGCUCGUCGGAAGCGACACCCCAGAUGCAUUCUGGGUAGAGGAGCAGCGAAGGGGAAAAAGAGGUGAGCCCUAUGCAAUCAGGACGAUGCUAGGCUGGAGCAUUAUCGGGCCAAUAGGUAAUAGGCCAUCAUUAGAUCACGGUAGUAUUAAUUUUCAGCUUGCAUCUAGUACACAGUUGCAAAUUGAUAAGCUAUGGACUACUGACUUUCGAGAUGUCGAGAGUUGUGGCACAGGGAUGUCACAGGAGGACCGUCGUGCCCUGUCCAGUAUGGAAGGUACGGUAACAAAGGAAAACGGUCACUACAAGUUAGGGCUCCCAUGGAAGGACCCUGAUGUAAGUCUUCCAAAUAACGUGAAGAUGGCCAGUAUACGACUCGGUCACUUGAAAAGAAAACUUCAAAGAGAUGAUCGGUUACUUGAUAUGUACAAAGAAACAGUAAAUGGGUAUAUCGAACGUGGGUACGCUUCCUUGGUGGAUGCUAGAGAGGAUUCGAACCCGGUCGAACUUGGUACCUCCCACACCAUCCCGUGCUUAAUCCAAAGAAGCCAGGCAAGGUAA